UAGGACCGGAAUCGGCCCUAUGAUACUUUUAACUUGCACUCUUUGGAAAACUCAUUAAUGGAUAUGAUAAGGACUGAUCAUGAACCUCUUAAAGGUAAACACUACCCUCCCAGUGGCCCACCAAUGAGUUUCGCUGAUAUAAUGUGGAGGAAUCAUUUUACAGGUCGUAUGGGUAUAAAUUUUCAUCAUCCGGGAACAGAUAACAUUAUGACACUUAAUACCAGGAGCUAUGGGCGGAGACGAGGUCGAUCUUCGCUAUUUCCUUUUGAAGAUGGCUUUCUGGAUGACAGUCAUGGUGACCAGUCUUUAUCAUCAGGUCUCAACUCCCCAACUCACUGUCAGAAUGGUGAAAGAGUCGAACGCUAUUCUAGGAAGGUGUUUGUUGGAGGUCUGCCUCCUGACAUUGAUGAAGAUGAAAUCACUGCUAGCUUUCGUAGGUUUGGACCUCUUGUGGUGGACUGGCCUCACAAAGCUGAAAGCAAGUCAUAUUUUCCACCUAAAGGUUAUGCUUUUCUGCUGUUCCAGGAAGAAAGCUCUGUUCAAGCUUUGAUAGAUGCCUGUCUAGAAGAAGAUGGUAAACUUUAUUUAUGUGUAUCAAGUCCCACUAUUAAGGACAAACCAGUACAAAUUCGACCUUGGAAUUUAAGCGACAGUGACUUUGUAAUGGAUGGUUCUCAACCUUUAGACCCCAGAAAAACUAUUUUUGUGGGAGGAGUUCCACGACCCCUCCGAGCUGUUGAACUAGCUAUGAUUAUGGAUCGUUUGUAUGGAGGAGUCUGCUAUGCUGGCAUUGAUACAGACCCAGAGUUAAAGUACCCCAAAGGUGCUGGUAGAGUGGCUUUCUCCAAUCAGCAGAGCUAUAUUGCUGCUAUUAGUGCACGCUUUGUCCAGCUCCAACACAAUGACAUCGAUAAACGGGUGGAAGUAAAGCCAUAUGUGCUUGAUGAUCAGAUGUGUGAUGAAUGCCAGGGUACUCGCUGUGGUGGAAAAUUUGCUCCAUUCUUUUGUGCCAAUGUUACCUGCUUGCAGUAUUACUGUGAAUACUGUUGGGCGAGCAUUCAUUCUCGGGCUGGACGAGAGUUCCACAAGCCGCUCGUGAAGGAAGGAGGCGACCGGCCCCGCCACGUGCCCUUCCGUUGGAGCUGAGGCCCGGGCCGAAGGCCAGCAGUACUGGAGCCGACUGGAUUGAAGGGGAAAGGAGUGCUGCCUCAGGGCUUUUGUGUUCUGGAAAUCUGUGCAUUCAUCCUUGACUUUAAUGAAGAGAUGGGUCUUUUUAUUAUGAUGAUGGUUAUGAUUAUAAUGAUGAUGAUGAUUAUGAUUAUUUACAGUCACAUUACUGAACACUAUGUCCAGUAUAAUACAAGCCUAGCAGAGUGUAACUGUACUGAUUUUGCACUUUGAUUCACACAAACAUCUGCUUGGUACCUUAAUUUCUGACCUGAGACUUGUCACGGCUAACAAUAAGUAGACUGCUAUGGUCAUCAGCCUCCACUAGGUUGGUGUAUAUGUGAUUAAGAUUUUUUUAAAUUAUGUACUUUUAUUUUAAAACUGGAGCAUGCACUUAUUUUCAGAAACUUUGAUUUGCCCCUAGCACAUGAUUUACCAAAGGUAACACUCACAAGUAGGUGGCAGAUGUAGCAAAAAUUUACAGUGGAUAUUCAGCAAUCAUUCAGAGUAGGAAAAACCCUAAACAAUCUUUAGUUGCUCUCUAUUUUUACUGAUAAGGAUGAUACCUCAUAAGCUGGAUCACAUUUUCUCCACUCCCAUCUCCCCAUCCCUUUUCUAUUUUGCUGAGGGUUUCCUAUUUGUUUAGGCCUUUUAGUGUUAUGUAAAUGUAUGCUGCAAUAGCUUUUGCUGCUAUUAAGAUGGUAUUACUAAUACCACAUUACUCUAUUCAAGCUAGGGUAUCAUUUAAAAAGAUAAUUAUGUGAUUUAAAACAGUAAUGGCUGCUGAAAGAUCAGUAGAGCAUUCAGAAAGCUUCCAAGGAAGGUCAAUAGUUUUGACUGCAUGUUUAAUCAGGUUGACGCAUGCAAUAAAUUUUUUAUAGAUAUCUAAUACAAAAAUCUACCCACAGUGCACCAAUUAAGAUUCUAUAUAGGCUACAAAGUACUCAAUAAAAUAAUUUAAAACACACACACACAUACGCACACAGGUUACUGACUGGAGGAAGGCAUGUCUAAGUCUGUGUAGAUGCUUCUGAAAUUAAAAUCAGCCCAUAGCCGUAUCACCUAUAUUACAACAGAUAUUUUUUAAAAAGAAUAGAUGUAGAAAUAUCCUUAAACAGAUUUGUGAAUGAUAGACGAAGUACUUUGCGGUGCUCUGUUCUAUAUUGUGCAAUUUAUUUUAUAUAGUAAAGUGAUUAUGUCUAGUACUGUGAUCAAACUAACUGUUUAAGCCUCUAUGUCUACCAUUCACACUCUUUUGAAAGUUCAACCAUAGAAACAAAUACAUAUGCGCACUCACAAAACAAAUUUUGAGCUCUUAGUUCCUAUCUCAUAAAUGCUUGCACCUAUUUAUGUAGCUGCAGCCCAUGUCCAGAAAACCAAAGAGCUCACAAUAGCAUAUGUACACUACCAGCUUAAAUAGUGGCUGAUAAACGGGGCACAUUUGGAUUGGGAAAAGUGGUGCUAAAGAAAUGUCUGCAUACAAAAAUUACCUUGGGUAUGAUAUUUAAUUUCUUAAAUCCUGGAUGUAUCCUGUGAAGCUUGAAUAUAUUUGAGAUCUAAUCUGAACAGUGGACAUUUUUUUAGCAUAUAAUAUGGGGCUACAAGGCAAACACAUAAACACAUAUUAGUGUGCUAUUUAUGAAAAUGUGAGAAUGUGUACAUUAUUUUUCUGGGUUUUCUGUGGGUUUGUUCUUUCCCCACCCCAUCCCUAGUUUUGGAGGUCUGGGGACAGUCUUGAGUGGAUAUGGCGCUGCAUAGUAGAUGUUGAAAUGUCCCCGUUUUGAGUGUUGUGAUGGCCUUGUUAAUGUUGUAACUUUCUACAUUUUCUUUUAGUGUUCAGUUGGAAUUAUUGGCUUGGGGGGGAGGGGGAGAAAAUCUUUCUCUGUUGAAAAAAAAAAUAGUUUUUUACUGGUUUAAAAUUUUUCAUUCUUCUUGGUAUCCCUUUUGCAAUUUCUCCUGGGCAUUUUUGUGAUAUUGCUUUAUCUAGCCCAGCAAUCUAUUUUGUUUUGUUUGGGGUUUUCUUUUUCCUUUCCCUUCUUUUUUUCAUCUAUACAAGAUUUGUUAUGCACUACUUUUUGUAACUAGACAGUUUUCAAUAGUUGGCAGAUUAUUCUUUUUUAAAGAAAAAAAGGCAUGCUUUCUGACUGACAUGAUCUUUUGCAAUACCUCAAUUUUGAAAUAUAGGAAAGAAAAUAUUUUCUAAGUAAGUUUAUUCAGAAAAAAAUAUAUAUUAAUUUAAUUCUGUGAGGAAAUGAUUUAACAGAUGGGUAACUUUAUUUUUUUCAUGCUUAUUUGCUUUUUUGAAAAUGAAGUUAGAGCUUUAUAACUGUAUUGAAGAUCAUAGCUAUCCUACCGAAGUCUACCUAAUUAUGUGAAACAAACAUUUAUGAAGAAAUGUCCCUUUUCCACACACAAACAUAGCUGGAAAGAAAGGAGAACGGGGGGGGGAGAGAUGCUGGAAGUUAUAUAAACAAUGAGAUUAAAAUGAAUACAGCAAGGAAAUUUGAAAACAAAUUGCUUUGGUGCUGGAAGUUGUGAACAGAAGGUGAAAAACCUGUUUUGCCCUUAAUUUGUAUAUUUAUAAUCAAGCGAUUAUGCACGACUGACCAGAAUUGUGAGAGUUCUUCUGUUUGUAUUUUUUUAAAGAUAAUUUUUAGUUUAUUAAAUUAUAACAAGUUCCCCUUUUGUUUUGUAAAUGAAUGUGCCCCCCCCUUCCCCCGGUUGUUAAUAUCUUACCCCAUUAUUCUGAGAGGGUCCUUCCAGAAAAGAAGUUAUUUUUUAAAACAAAUUGUUCUGAACUGCAACUGGAUGAAGGAGCCCCCGGGUACCACAGGCCCACUUGUGGCCUUCCCUCAAUGCGAGACUUGAACUAGUCGGUUUUCUUUUUGAAAGCAACUUAACCUCGAAUAUUUGUUGUUAUGUGCAAUACUGUUUGUACUGUUUGUAUAAAAAAGAAAAAAGAAAAGAAAAAAGGCAUAAAUCUUUAUUGCAAAUUUAUUUUCAUUGCAAACUUUAGACAUUGUGAUUCACUAAGAUCAUUUUUCUACUGUCAAAUAUGUACCUUUUCUUCAUGCUGGUAUUUUUUCAAUAGUAAUGUAGCCUUUGUACUGAGACAGAUUUUCAUUGUUAUUUUUAGAAAGAUUUUUUGCUAAGAGAAAUUUAAACAUUGACAUAUUUUUCAUUUUUAUUUCAGAUUUUCUUUAAGGAAUGCUUUCUCAACCAUUAAUAUAGUUGUUUCUGGAAGAGACUUUCAUAUCUGGUCAAUGUCAUUAAUAUUAUUUUGUAUUUUUACUUGGAAUAAAUUAAUUUUAUGAUGCUAAUUCUUUAAAAGUUUAUUUUUUUCAUUUUCAGUUAUUUUUGAAGCUAAAAACCUUUGUAAUAUUGUUACUAAAGUGUCUAGUUUUUUGAAAUGCAAAGCUUUAUGUAUUAACUUGCUGAUGUGGUUUACAAUGGUGUGAAAAUGGUUGGAUAUGUGAAAUGAUUGAAAAACUGUAAUGAAUAAUUGGGCAAUAAAAUUACAGAAUGAAGCAGGAAAAUGAUGUGAUAUUUUUUAGAAGCUUUUUCCUUUAUCAGAAUGAUUUAGGAAGACAAUAGGGAUGUCACAGUACCAGUUCGCUGUCUAGAUUUGUACAACACCAAUGUUAAUAAACACUGUUGCUGUUGUAAUUCACUCCAAUCCGUAGAAAUAACAGGUCUACAAUCUUGGCUGUUUAGCAUCCUACCAGUUUGCUUCCUCACCAUUACCAUGGGCAUAUCCAGUACUGUUGCAUAGUGGGUGCACGGGUGAAAAAUAAAUGGAACUACGCAGCAUUAAGGCUUGGCUAAGUCACCUCCUCCGUACUCAACCAUCCAUCCUCUUUAUGGACGUUUUUGUUUUUGAACUAUUCCCUUAAAUCUCUCCCAAAUGGCUUCUGGGUGAUCUGCCAUGCUUUUAUUUAUUUAUUAAACCUAUCCUUCAUGCUGCAUUUCCCUGCGCCUCUUUACAUGGUAACUCAGAACAAAUGGAGGAAAUUUGUAUAGUAUCUACAUAAUGUUACAGUGUACCAUACAGUGUAAGUUUCUCAUAGUUAGUGCUAUCUAAUGCAUGUGUAGGAACCCUUAUUACCUGAUCUGAGCACUUUUUUCAAGCUGCCUGUAUAUUUCUCCCUUUCUUGUGUUAGGCCUCUUACAGCGUAAGAACAGCAUCUGUUGCUGCUAUAAAAAUAACAUUGCAUCAUUUUUUGUAGUUCAUCUCCACCUUUGCCUGUCCUACCCCUUUACUGCAAUACUAGCAAAACCUCUGUGUGGAAGCUGGGUACUGUUAUCCCUUCCUUUAGAUCAGUGAUUCUCAGACUUGGCAAUUUGAAGAUAUGUGGACUUCAAUUCCCAGAAUUGUGCAGCUAGCGUGGCUGGGGAAUUCUGGAAGUUGAAGUCCCCACAUCUUCAAGACACCAACUUUGAAAAGCCUUGCUUUAGAUCCUGCAACUCAAACUGGUGUUACAUAAACAGAAGAUACAAUGACCUUCUCCAGAUAAAUCAGUCAUGGGAUUUUAUCUGUUUUUAUGAGUACUUCAGCUGAAGGGAAGCUGUCCCUUGAUGUCUUCUGUAAAUAUCUGGAGUUGGCCUUUGUGAGUUCUUUGUAAGUAAUGUAUAGGCAAUUUCAAAUAGUAAAAUUUAGACUCUAACUAGGUUCUAUGGUUGGAACAAACACAAAUUGAAAAAGCAUAAUACAGUAGAAGUGAAGGAGAAUUUUUUCAAACUCCUGCAAGAAUGGAGUGAGGUGAGUGUGUGCUUAUACUCCUGCCUACACACUUGCCUAGUAGGAAAGCAGGUUUUUUAAAAAAAUGUAUUACAAAUAUGCAGUUAUUAUAGAUUUCAUUAUCUUUGUUAGAGUAGUACAAAAUACUGUGCUUUACUAGGAGAAAAUCUCCUAUGCUAAUAUUUCAGUAUUGUGACAUCUCUACUUGCAAGAUACGAGUGAAAGAUUAGUCACAGAUUGGUUUUUUAAACUAUUUUUGUUAAACCUGCCUUUUAUGUAGUUGCUUUUUACACCAGUUUGUAUAAUGUCAGCAUUCCUUUUUUUCCACUUAAAAAGUUUUCUUAAUUUCUACUGUUGUAGUGUUUCUGUCUUAACCAUACAGUCUGUUCUAAUAUUCAUGCUAUGAUUUACUCCUGAACAGGAGAAGAGUAAGAGCUGUUUUGUUAUUCUGCACAUUUUAAAUUUAUUUAACAUUGUUUAGCAACAAGUAGAUAUUCAGGGUGCUAAUACAGGAAAAUCAUUUCUGCUUUUUUUGCUGGUUUGUUUCUGGAUGUUGUUCUGUUGGGGUAUAAAGUAUUAGGUAUUUGUAAUUUGCUGUCUAAAAUAAUGGAGAUGAGUGUUCACAGCUAAGAUCUCUGUAGUUGUUUUUUUUAACUGACUAAUUUUCAGUGUACCAUAUCUUUUAUUACAUGUUCUCUUUAGACUGGUUUUGCUAGUAACCCUAAAAGGCUUUUACCUUUUAUUUUUUAUUUUUUUUGGCUUGGACUAAUGCUUUGUAUGGAACUGCAGUACUGUGACUAAACAUGAAGCUCCACGCUGCUAUUGCUUACAACUGCUUCAACUUUGUAGUUUGGAAUUAUUUUUUUUCUGUAAUAACUUAUUAAAUCUAGUUGUAUGAAG